UUCCACCCGCCCGUUCUCGCCCGUUCUGUGUUACUUUGUCCCCUUCUCUUCCAUCCCAUGGUCGCCGGCGCCGGAUCUCGUCCGUCCUGCGCUGCGGUUUCAUCAUGGAAGCCAUUCCCGUUUUACCCUCUCACCAUCAUCAAUCCGAUCCCGCACGCCGCCGCAGUCUCACUCCUCCCUCCCCCUUCCCAAACUCGAUCCACCGCCAGCCACCAUGAGCCGCGAUCACUUCCUCCGCCUUCUCCAAGACCCCUUUCCCCCCUUCCCCACCUCCUCCUCCUCCUGCCCCUUCGCCCCCUCCGCUUCAUCCACCCACCACCGCUUCCUCCUCGACGAUCACCCCUUCUUCCCAUCGCCCACAUCCUUCUCGUCAUGCCCCCUCGGCUUCGCCUCCCCCAUCGACACCUUCCAUCUCGAGCUCGACCUCCUCCUCCCCAGUGCCACCCCCGCUCCCCCGUGCCCCGCCCUCGACCGUUUCCUCCUCGACGCCCUCGGCCACCGCGUCUCCGCCCUCGAGCGCGCGCGUGCUCCCCCCGCGCCCCGCCGCAAGUACACCUACGCCGCAGAGGCCAACGGCCGGAAGGUCAAGUGGACAGCCGAGGACAAGCCGGCGGGCGGGAGGAACCUCAAGUGGGAAGCCGAGCUCAAGACCCCCCACGACGACGGAUUCGACCGCAAGUGGAAAUGGGAGUCCAAGGCAUCCGCCGACGGAGCCACCAAGGUCAAGUGGGCCAAGGAGGUCAAGGGCAAGGGAUGGCUCGAGCCAUGGUCGCACGCCUACUCCGUCGAGGAGGCCUACGGCGAGGACGACCACGAGCAGAAGACAGCCGCCAAGAAGGCAGACAAGAAAGUCAAGGAGGAGGAGGAGAAUGGCAAGAAGAAGGGCGCCGUCGAGAUCGUCCAGAUCGAGGACAACACUGCGGGAUGCGUCGCCAUCAGGAAGGCUUUUGAAAGGAUUCACGGCAAGGGAAAGAGAAAGGAACUUUCUGCACAUGAUGCUGCAUUGCUCAUCCAGAUGACCUACAGGGCUCACCUGGCCCAUCGUUCACAGGUGCUCCGUUGCCUGCGCGAUCUCGCAGUGGCAAAAGCCAAGCUGAAGGAGAUUAGGUCCUUAUUCUACAACAUCUCAUACCGCCGCCGCAUUGCACAUGACUCUGAAGAGCGCCAGAGGUUCGCGGAGAAAAUCAUUGUCCUGCUCCUGACUGUGGAUGCCCUUGAGGGACCAGACUACAUGGUUCGCAAUGCAAAGAGAUCCAUGCUUGAUGAACUUGAGGGGAUGCUGGAGAUCGUGGACCCUCAACCACCAGGGAAGCCAAGGACGCUCAGCCGCAGGAAGUUUGAUCUCCCAGAAGGUGGUGCCAUCCCUAAGGAGAUGAGGAACGGUGUCAAGAAUGUCAUCAAAAUUGUGGAGGAGGGCAAGUAAAAGGCACCAGUGGUAGUAUGUUUGUAUCGUGUCAUGCCGGCUAGAGUAUGUGCUGCCUCUAAGAACUUGCAAGAUGUUUGCUAGAGCUUUGUGUUGUACUAGUAUUUACUACUAGAAUGAUGUUGCUUGUGACGCAAAGCAGUAUGUAUAAUCCAUCUUAUGUAUGGGCUUGUGCUUAAGUAUUUUCCUUUUAUCUUCCCAGAUGUCCAAGAUCUGUGUAAACUGAUCCAUCAUGGGGUGGUGAAACUGAAAUGAAUUAAAUUAGCAUCGUUUA